GCAUCCUCAAUGACAGUCACUGUUAUAUCGCGUAUCGCGCGCAUGGCGUUGAUGGUGCAUUAACUUUGCGCAUUUGUCAUAGAAAAGAAAUUUUUUUUUUCAUUGAGAAACAAUCGAAUAAUAUACGAUUAAAGUCUCAAAUUAUGGAAUCGAACAGUAGCUAUGAAAAACUGAACCGUCGUUCGAGCACGACAAACGGACGCGACAUCGUCCACGAUGCAGAGGACAUUCAAAUCCCUGUACCAUGGGGACACAUCUCUGGUAAAUGGUGGGGUCCAAAAGACGUACAACCGAUAAUCGUGUUACACGGUCGUCAGGAUAAUGCAGGAAGCUUCGAUGCUCUCAUGCCAUUGUUGCCGAACCAUAUGUCAUUUCUAUGCAUGGAUCUUCCUGGCCAUGGUUUUUCAUCGCAUCUACCAAAGGGCUCCUUCUAUUAUGUUCAUUGGGAUGGAGUACUAUUGCUUCGUAGAAUCGUGAAUUAUUUUAAAUGGAACAAGAUUACAAUUCUUGGCCACUCGCUCGGUGGUGCUAUAGGUUUUCUCUACGCGGCCGCGUAUCCCGAUGAAGUUGAUGCGCUAAUUAGCAUCGACAUUGCGACCCCAAGCGCACGAGACCCGACACGAACUGUUGGUGCGAGCGGCGAUCACAUCGAUCGUUUUCUCAAGUACGAAAAUUUAACACCCGACAAUGUUCCUUGCUACGAGUACGAAGAAAUGAUCAACAUCGUCGAGGACGGCUAUAAGGGCUCGAUCACACGAAGGAGCGCUGAAAUUUUGAUGAUCCGAGGAAUGCAACCAGCCCCUACUCCUGGACGUCAUUAUUUCUCUCGUGAUCCUCGAUUGAAGACAUCGAUGCUGGGUAUGCUGUCGAUGGACCUCGUGUUAUCGUACGCAUCGCAAAUAAAAUGUUCAUACUUGAACAUUCGUGCGGUUCCAGGCCUUAAAUUCGACAAUCCAGAGAAUUAUGGAAAGGUUCUAGACAAAAUAAAAGAAACUUCGAGAAGAUUCGAAUAUCGGGAAGUGGAAGGAUCUCAUCACGUGCAUCUCAACGAGCCCGAAAAAGUCGCUCCGAUCAUAGAGGAAUUUUUCAAAAAUAAGGAAAAAUAAAAAUGAUUUUUGCAGCAAUACGCUUUGCAAAGGCUGCGAUAACCAUGUAGUAAAUUGAUCAUUUAUUCUAGGAAUAAAGAACAAACUGAUAGCCUGCUCAUUGUAAACUCAUGGCGAAGCCAAUUGUUCUCGUGGCUUUGAAAUUAUAAACUUUGGAGGAUUUAUUAUUUUGUUAAAAUACAUUUGAUAAAAUGGCUGUUUGUUCGAAAAAAAGAAUUUAUUAUUAUUAUUUAAAUAAUGAGGAUGGGAAAUAAAUAAAGCAAAUUUAUCUUUUCGAUUGAACAGUAACCUUGGUACAACGAAAAUUAGAGCUCUAGAUAAGACUAAACAACAAUAGUUGAACUCAAUUUUCAUCUGAAUUCUCGAACAAUACAACAACGGAGAACAAUGUAAAAAAACUGUAUAUUUAUGGAUUUAACAUCAAAGUAGAGAAUUGUUUUUGAGUGAAAACAUCGAUCAUAAAAAAAUUGUAUUCCAGGCACGUUUUCUUCCUUUAUGAUUUACCUAGCGAGUAAGAUAAUGUAUUUGUGUUAGCAAUUCCUAAAGACGUGACAAAGAAAAAGGGUAGAAAGAAAGAGAAACGAUGAGAACGUACCGGUUGUGCACUUAUGCAGCGUAGCUAGGAAGUGAUAAACGGUUGGGAAAUAAAGAUUAUUCGCUAUCGGA